GCGCAGAAAAAGGCUUCAUUCUGCCAUCGACAGCGCGACCUCGCGGUUGUGUGUUUGUCGUCUGCACAGCCGUUUGCCCGCACAAGUUGCAGACAUCGCCGGUGCAGUUUGAGUGUGCAGUUUUCUUUUUUCUUGCUGUUCGUUUGUGCGUGUGUGAGUCUGUCUGUGCGUGUGUUUUGUGGAGCUAAGCCACCCUUCUUACUGCGGUCGUUAGGAAUCUCCCCAACACCACAGUGCCCAAAAGAGGGGGGGAUUGUGAUUUUGGGUUGGUUGUGUGCGGUAUCGCCGAAAGCCUUUCCGGCCGUGUUGUAAUUCGCGUUGGAAAUCGGGAACGAGGGGACAAGAAGCGACAACCACAGAGCUGCAGCAGAAAUUAUACUGAGUGCAAACAGCACACCCGGUGCUGCAUAAACGUGCAAAAGCACAGGGCAAGGAGGAGGGAUGGAUAAUUAGGUGUCGGUUGCAGAAGAUUGCCGAUAAGGAUCGAACGCCGGGCGUGUGCGGUGUGGAAGUGUUGUUGUGCUGCUGCCGUGGAGAUGAGCGUCCCGGCGUUCGACUUCACACCGUUGAGUGUGCAAAAAUCAUAGCCUGCUGAGCAAGGCACGGGUGCAGCAAAUAGCAGAAGAAAACGCACCGAACCUACGACAGUCCUUGUGUCAAAAACCGUGUCAAAGUGUCCUCCACCGCGGAUGCGGUGCCAGAAAAAAAAACCCGGGAGGUUAAUUGCAAGUGUGUACUUAGUUUAAGUGCGUUCGUUGCCGCGUGAAGCUUCGAACCGGACGUCCUACCACCACCGCACAGCGCCCCCGGGGGAUGGCCGUUGCUCCAACCGGCCGACGGGUUACACUUUCACACGAGCCGUUUCUGCCGCGCGUUUAUGCAACCCAUCAACGGUUGCACUGCCGUGUGAAAGUGGUCGACAGUGGUGGAUGCAGUCGGUGCAAAGGUGCAAACCUGCCUCGUACCCCCCGGCGACCAACGAGGGUGGCCGUCCCGAUGAUGCGUGUGCAGUUUUGCGUGAUGUGAAUGCUUGGUGAGGCAAGCGAAGGAAAGGAAAUUGUGUAUAAAAGUGUUUCAAUUCCAUUAAAAUCAAAAGUGUAGCAAUGUGAUGCAGACGAAUGUUGGCGAUGUAUUGUGCCGAACAAAUAUAUUCAAAAGAAGAACAAACAACAAACCCGUGCUACGGUGUGCUCCGUAAACAGCGUGCUUGGUGAACGUGAAAGUGUCCCUAAAAGCGCACUGAAAACGCAUCAGACUGAAACGUCAAGACCACACAGGCUCACGACGACGGUUGGGCCGAUGCAAUAGGAAACACACCACCAGCAGCAGCAGCUCACCCUCUCCGCACAAUUCCGAGUGCAGUGUGCCAAAGGACCGAACGAAACGCCACCCCACCCGCAGUAGGUCAAGAUGCUCCAAGACAAACGGAACCUCCUGAAGCUAGUGAUAGUUCAACACAUUUUCCUCUACAUACCGUUAGCCGUUCUCGCUUCUAGCGUAGUCAGUAUGAACGAACCCCACAAUCUACUCACAGCAAGAUGUCGCUCAAACUGUACGUACAACCAACAGGUUAGUACGGAUAAAAAGAAAUGCUACAGCAUGUGCAUACGCAACUAUCUGGAAAACUCGGCCUACAAAAAGUACGGAGACUGUCCACCGAAACCACCGUCCAAGCUGGACAGCCUGUGCCUCAACACGUGCGACGGGCUGGACUACAAGUGUCCGGGUGUGGAGAAGUGCUGCGAGCAUUCGUGCGGCCACAGCUGCCAAAGCCCGUACGGGUUGGAUAAGGUUGCCGGUUUACCGCCCGUACCCGGCCAGAUACAGCUGGUAGAGAUGGGCGGAUCCCGCACCGCCCAGAUCCAGUGGGACGUGAAGCUGGAGAGUGAGCAAAGCCCGACGUACUACAUUACCGAGUCGCGGUUUCACAUCGGUUAUGCUUACACCGAGCACAGGAUGGAAAACGACUGGCAGCCACAUGUGCUGGAAACGUUCACCCAGUACAACAUGGGCACGGUGAAGCGUUACGAGGGGGAGAUUAAGCUAAAACCGGGCCGCUGGUAUCAGGUGCGGAUGGCCGCUGUAAACCGAAUGGGUACCCGUGGCUAUUCGACACCGUCACGACCGUUUAAGCUAAGUGCAAAGCCAAAUCGACCGCAACCACCGAGCAGCCUCACUGUUGGCCCGCUGAUACUGAGAGAAGACCGUACGUACAGCUGUCGGGUGAAUUGGUCCUUGCCCCGGUCGGACCUGCCGGUGGAAAAGUACAAGCUCGGCUGGAGCCUCUACCUAAACCAUACCACCAAUCGUUCGAAAACGGACAAAUCAUCCCUGUUCAAGGAGAUGGCCACCAUCGCAGCGCCUACCCGGUUCUAUGACAUCCAGGGGUUGCUGCCGAACCGGUACUACUAUCUACAGCUUCAUGCAAUCAGUGUUUACGGCAAGAAACGGCUCAAGUCCAACGCCAUCCAUCUGCUAGUGAACACUUCCUCCGCCUCACCCGUACAGGACGGUGGUAGUACACCGCUCAACCUGGACAACCUGCUCAUGGGUGAUGCCGGCUAUCGACGAUCGACAAAAAGCCAGCCCAGCCUCAAGGAUGGCCUACUACAUGCAGGAUCCGGCCUGUCCGGCGCAGCAGGAACCACCGGUAGAGCAAUCGGUCACGGAGUUCCGACGAUGGGCACGAUACGGUACCACUUUGCGCUGCGCAAGUCGGGCCUAGCCGUUCGGCUUGGCUGGUCCGAGCGGGGCUAUGGCCGUUACAAGGUGCACAUGUGUCGUGGGAAUCGAGAAUGUCUCACGCUGCCACGGAACAGUGCGACUGGCAACGGCAACCAUUGGCAGGAUGCCGUACUGCGGCGCAAUACGUACGAGUUCGGCAAGCUAGAUUUUAAUACCCGUUAUACGGUGGGCGUACGGAUAGGCGGACAUCGACGCGCCAGCCCCGGGUACGACAUUGUCCGUACGUUCGUAACGCCCAAAUGUGACAAGUUUCGUGAUCAAGAGCUGCUACCAUCGGAGUGUAACGUUCAAUAGGGUGGGUGGGUGAGCAAGGAGUUGUACGCGGAUGGUUAACGCAGGUGUGUUUUUGUGUGCAUGUGUAUGUGUGUAUGUGUGAGUGUGUACUGGUGUGUGUGUUAUCCUUUACUAAACUUGAUGAUUGCAAUAGAUGCUCUAUCACCCCAUCGGUUGUCCUUUGUAUUCCACGUUUGCCUCCAUCCACGCCAUCUUCAAUACCAUAGAACAAUUGAGCUGCCAUCGUUAGAUUUUUAAGCUACGUUUUGUAUUCUAAGAGAUGUCUGGUUGAAAUAAUUACACGUAUGUGAUUGCGCCCCGUUAGCAGGAUGUGAUCACUCCGAUUUACUUGGGGUAAAGUGUACAAACUUUGUGUAUGAAGUAUCCGAAAAAAAAACAACAACAAAUUUAAAUUUAAGGUAAGUAUUUUUUGUAAGAAAUCACAAAAAAAUGUGAAACCUUUUUUAGCAAAUAUAUCAAAAGUCCUUCAAGUAACUUAUGUAACGGUUCACAGCUGUAACGCAAAUGUAACAGAACCCAUGACACAAACCAACUGCUGAAUGUGUAACACUAGGGUUACGUUACAUUAACUGAGGUUACAUUCAGCGUUGUGUUAUAUAUUUUAUUUGUUGAAAUCCAAGUAAAGACCGGUGUUUUUGUUUGUUUUAUGUCUUCAUAUUUUUGAGAGUUUUUUGAUAAAAUAUUAGUGUUGUUUGUACAUCAAAGGAAGACAACUUCGUUGACAAAUCGACUCAGUGUUACGAGAAACAUAACCACACCUUUGAUUUGUGAUAUGUUUUACCUUCCAUUAGCAUUCAUUAAGCUUGGGCAAUGUUUUGCUAACGGCUAUCAAUCUAAUCUUUAUGUAGAAGUGCACCCAAAUUGUUAUUUAUACCCACAGUUGUGUUUGUACUUCCUAUGGCGAAAUGUGUUCCUUCGACAGUUACACGCUUGGCGUUUACAAUAUAACGAGAUAACCAAUCAAUAAAUAAAGCUGCGUUCGAGACCGUAAAAUUAUGUAACAGAAUAACAGAAAAACAAUCAAGUUCGGGUACUAUAACGAAGGCCCUAAGCCAGCAGAAAUUUGGCCACUAUCGCGUUGAACUCGUUUGCAUAGCGCAGGUGAAUAUUGUGCUUGCCAUCGGGGAACACAUGCAGACUGUAUAAAGAAUAAGAAGGAAGAAAAUAAGGACAUUAAAAUGCUGCUUUUAGCGAGCCUGCAAACAAACGUCUUACUCCGUGUUUUUGAUGUUGUUCAGCAGAUAAGGUACGUGGUCGGGUAUGAUCAUCGGAUCCUUUGCUCCGUGCACGACCAGCGUCGGGGCUUUGAUGUGCUUUAGUGACCCAGAACAGAUAUCCCCUUUGCGCUCGUGAUGAAUGCGCAACAAUCCAUCCACCCAGGCCGACCAUAGCUUGGGGAAGUGUUCUACACCAUACACCUGCUCCAUUGGUUCCCGCAUUCUUGCCGACCAUUUGCUAACAUCCCGAAUACCUACGAGAAAGCAAAGCAAAAGUAACCCAUGAAAUUCCGUCUUCCGGCGUAACACCGUUGUUUUGUUACGCACCUUCGUAAAUGUUAGCCUCCGUGUCCGAUAUGUAUGAGUUCGAGCCCCACACGACCAGCUUUUCCACCCUUUCCGGUUGCUUGGCGGCUAACACUAGACCGGUAAUGCCACCGUCACUCCAGCCAACGACACUGUACCGCUGGAAGCCAAGCUUCUGCAUUAGCUCACAGGCCGCGGCAGCAUCCCGCUCGUAAAAAUCCACCGUAAACUGCUUGUCGGGCGGUCGGGACUUGCCGUACCCGGGUGGGUCCCAGGCAAUUACACGAUGGUGCGGAAGCAGCGCCGGCAAGCCCACGAUUUGUGGUUUGAAAUCCGUCCAGGCCGUACCGAGCGCACCGGGCAACAGUAUGACGCCGCGGUUGCCAUCGCCUGCCUCGACAAAGUGCACGGUGCUGGCACCGACCUGUAGCCGGCGUUCUUUUGCUCCCGGAGCGGAACUACACAUGGAGCGUGAACGGACGGCAGCUGCCACGGGCGAUUGAACACAGAACGAUAGCGCGGACGUUGUUUUGGUGAUGCGAAUAGCCAAACCGCACUGCGCAGCGACCGUGGAGGCUAGCAAGCGCAUCAUUUUGACGGCAACCUGUUGUUAAGCGUUGUGCAAUGUUUUGGUUACUGUAGCAUUGGGUUGUGGCGAGGUGGAGAGAUACCUUACCGAAGUCGAUGUUGGAAAAAUAAUGCUGGCACAAGCAAACGAAAAACACGCGGACAAACGAGCACAAGGAUUGGAAUAAAAGAAUUAGCAGAUGCAAUUGAUAA